UGGCCAAACCCAGAUUGCUUUUCUAAUCUACCCAGACAUUUUGUGUUCACCAUUAACGGCAAAGCUCUGACUCUGGCAACUUGAAAUUGGCCUUGGCUUCCCAUUGUAUCCAAAAAAAAUUCUGUUAAACUGUGAUGUCUUCCUGGAAACGUGAUGCCCUUUUCCUGUUGAGACCUCCUUUCCUUUUUACUUUCCUCUGUGCCAGAUCCAUGAUUAACUUUCCUAAAAUAGGUAUCUUUCUCAGAAAUUCUCUCUCAAAAUGAUAGUUGAUGACUUUUCUUAAGCGUUGGUAGGUUUGAUUCUCUUCUCUGAAUCUCAUUUCCCUGUGGUGUAGCACAGCAGGUGAAACAGGGAACCUAAGCCACAGACUUGAGUAAAUCCUGCCCUACGUGCAUCCUGCGGAAAGUAACUUACCUUUUCUGAGCCUGUUUUCAUACUUGUAAAAUAGGAAUAACUGUACUUAUUACUGUAUAACACCUAGCUUUGAGUAUUUAACCACCAGAUAUUAUUCUCAUUUGUUCCAGUGAAUUAUUAUGAUUUAUAGGAAUUAAUGUUUAUUUUAUUCUCUCUGCAGCUAUUGAAAUAUUUGAAGAAACUCUCCACCUUGCCUAUUACAGUAGAAAUUCUUGCGGAGACUGGGGUUGGCAAAACAGUAAAUAGCUUACGAAAACACGAGCAUGUUGGAAGCUUUGCCAGGGACCUCGUGGCCCAGUGGAAGAAGUUGGUUCCUGUGGAACGAAACACUGAGCCUGAUGAACAGGACUUUGAGAAGAGCAAUUCCCGAAAGCGCCCCAGGGAUGCUACUCAGAAGGAGGAGGAUAUGGACUGCCAAGAAAACUGGAAAGCUUCCGGCAGCCAGCCGUACAGCCCUGACCACAGACAGAAGAAACACAGAAAACUCGCAGAGCUUGAGCGACCUCACAAAGUGUCUCACAGUCAGGAGAGGAGAGACGAGAGAAAGAGGGGCCACAGGGUUUCACCAAUCUACUCUUCAGACCACGAGUCUUCUGAUUACGGCCAUGUUCAGUCCCCUCCAUCGUGUGCCAGUCCUCAUCAGAUGUCCGUGGGCCACUGCAGAUCCCCGGAGGAGGACCACGAGCCCUUUGUCCCACACCAGAAGCCUGGAAAAGGCCACAGUAAUGCCUUUCAGGACAGACUGGGGGUCGGUCAGGAACGACACUCCAGCGAGCCCCAGGGGAAAGGGGCUGGGAGUCAGAACAAGGAGCACAGAUCUUCCCAUAAAGAAAAACGUCCAGUGGACGCCAGGGGAGAUGAGAAGUUGUCUUUAAGCAGAGAGAAAUCCCACAAGGCCAUCUCCAAAGAGGAAAACCGGAGGCCCCUCUCAGGGGAUGGCACAAAGGAGAAACCACCCUCUAGUGGUGUCAAGAAAGAGAAGGAAAGAGAGGGCAGCGCUAAGAAGUUUUCAUCCCCCUUGGAAACGGCUCCGGACAACCACCUUAAAAAGCAAAAGCACAAAGACUCAGAGAAAACCAAAUCAGACAAAAACAAGCAAAGUCUAGACAGCUUAGACAUAGGAAAGGGAGCAGGAGACCUGCUGUCCAAGGCGAAAGAGAAGGUUUCCAACAACCUAAAGACUCAAGAAGGGAAAGGAAAAACUCCCCAUUCAGAUAGGAAGUCAGUGGGCUCCUUCCCCAAAGUCGAGGAGGCUGACAUGGACGAUGAAUUCGAGCAGCCCACCAUGUCUUUUGAGUCAUACCUCAGCUAUGACCAGCCCCGCAAGAAAAAGAAAAAGAUUGUGAAAACCUCAGCCGCCACCACUGGCGUAAAAGGACUUAAAAAAAACGAUUCGAAAGGCACUAAUAAAAACUUGGACUCGGUUCAGAAAUCACCUAAGGUGAACGAAAACAAGUCAGAGAAGCUUCAGCCGGCCGGAGCCGAUUCAGUCAGGCCGAGAAAGGUCUUCGCUGAUGCGUUGCCAGUGCUGCCAGACCUCCCAUUACCUAUGAUACAGGGCAAUUACCGGCCACUUCCUUCCCUCGACUUGAUGCCCUUCCAGCCAAAGCGAAAAGGUAAUUUUCUGUAUCUGCUCUGGAAUCAAUUAUGGAAAAUUCACUGUCACCGAGACUUUAAAGAAGAAAGGCCAGAAGAGUAUGAGUCGUGGCGGGAGAUGUACCUGCGGCUUCAGGAUGCCCGAGAGCAGCGGCUACGCCUUCUGACAAAGAAUAUCCGAUCUGCACAUGCCAAUAAGCCCAAAGGCCGACAAGCAAAGAUGGCCUUUGUCAACUCGGUGGCCAAGCCACCUCGUGAUGUUCGAAGAAGGCAGGAGAAGUUUGGAACAGGAGGAGCAGCUGUGCCCGAGAAAAUCAAGAUUAAGCCAGCCCCAUACACCACAGGAAGCAGCUAUGCUCCCUUCAGCAGUGGCAGCAGCAAUAGCUUUAACACCAGCCCCGAGGAGCCGGCCUAUGACGGCCCGAGCACCAGCAGUGCCCACUUGGCGUCCGUGGUCAGCAGCACUGUUUCCUAUGAUCCUAGGAAACCGACUGUGAAGAAAAUUGCCCCAAUGAUGGCUAAGACGAUUAAAGCUUUCAAGAACAGGUUCUCCCGACGAUAAACCUGAGGACUUGCCUUGGCAAUAGAAUUGGGGGGUGAGGAAUACAAGGACAGUGGGGGUUGGGGAAUGGAACUUCCACAGGAGACCAGACUCUUCUGCUCUGUAGAACCUUUGGUCUCUGACUCCUGCAGUCUGCAGGUGGCGCACCUGUGAACCUGUGAGCCGCAGCCACUGCCUCCCUGCCUGGAGAACACUUCAGAACUCGGAAGAAGAUGUGAAGCCUCAGUCUCACUGAGGAUUUUAAGGUCAAUUAUACUUUUGUUGUUAAUUAGCUUCUUUGUAAACUAUAAGACAUAGUUUUAAUUAAUAAAUAUUGCCCCCAGAUUGUAUUUAUAUUACCCCCAGGUUUUUUUUUUGUUUUGUUUUUUGGGGUUUUUUUGGUCCUCUACCACACACUUAGCCUUUUGUUUUUAGGGCCCUUUGUUAGACGGAAGCCAAGUGAAAGCCAUUACGCUGUCCCAGUUUACCUCUCCUGAUGGACUGGUCCAGAGGGAGGACUGGGCAUCCCCAGAGCCUGUGUGCUGCCUGUCCCAUGUAGGGCAUGGCAUGGGCCCUGGGCUGCCCGUCCUAGAGGGGAGCCUCAGCGUGCAGACGGAAGUGUUCAGGUUAGACCCCUCCCCUGAGACCCUGCUCAGUGUAGCUUUGCAUUCCUGUGCAGGUGCAUCUCUUUCUUACUCGUUAAAUAGUAUUUAUUAAGGGAAGUUAUUUGGAAAGGUCUAGAGUCUUACCCUCAUCCUUUUUGCCAGUCCCCACGCUUCCCCCCCCUUUUUUUUUGAGACUCACGAGAGGACACAGAACCUUGGGAGAUCAAUUUGCACAGAAACCCAGCAUUUUUACAAUUUCCAGUUUCUGAUUCAAAACUUUAGGGUUUUUUUCUCCUCCCCUAUUUUUGCUUCUCCCACCAGCAUGGGGGAAAACCCAUAAAUACAUGGCAGGGCUUUUUGUAGCCCCUCGCCCCCACCAUACAACUUCAGAAUUUUAAAAGCCAGCACUUUAAUGUCUUGAUCCAUGUGAAUUACUACUAGAAGUGAAUGAUUUUAAAGGUUGUAAUGCUAUGUUGGAAAUUGGUUUUGUUUUUGCUUCCUUUAAAAGGUAAGAUCAUGUGACUGGAAGAGCACAACAAUUUGCUAUGUUUUGUAGAGAACUUUGCAGCUGAAGCUUUUUUGAGUUUUUAAGCCAGAAUUUGGAGGGAAGGGCCCAGUUGAUGAAAGUGUGUGAGCAGUGGUGUCAGGGUUGGGGAGAUCUGCAAGGCCAUGCCUCUGGUUUGGGAAGGGCGGCUCUCAUUUCCGAGCGGCCGGAGGAGCAAGCUGAGAACUUGGAGGACAGUAUCCGUGCCCGACUUGGCUGUGACAAGCACUGAUCUAGUAGGAACCCACCCGGCUGUGACCCAGGUGGAAGCAGGUGCCCGUCCUUACGAAACCUGAUAAGUAGGCUGAGGGCGUGAUUAGUGUGACAGCCUAAAGAGCUUGGCAGUCAGGACCCUCCACAAGCUCACCCAAAGCCCAGAAUAUGGAGCUCACCAUUUUUAACCAGCCUGGAGGCCUCAGUGAGGUAACCUUGAAGGUUCUGGAGCAGCGCAGGAAGUCUGUGCAGCAAGAGCUGCUGUGUUCAGUGAGUGUUUCUCUGUGGGAUGCCUGCUGCGACGGGACAUAUAAGUAUUGCUGUGUUUUAAUUUGCUGUAUUUUUUUAAUUGGGUAAAGCAUUACUUCUCUUGAUUAUUUGUUACUAUUCCACCCCUCUCCCCUAGCCUGCUCCCCAAAUCUGAUAUUAGGAAGCCUCUUACCUUUAAAACCAAAUGAGCAUCUGGGUCAGGUGCCAGGUAUCUAUUGUCUAGAAUAGCUUCCUCGAAGUAUCCACUACUUUGAACUUGUCUCUUAGCUGUGUGUUGGAGUCUUUGUCAUUGAAACCAGUUUUUCAUAUUUCAGAUUCAGUUGUGUAUGAUUUAAUUUCCUUUAUUAGGCAUCUUUAAGCAGGGAGGGGGCAAAAGACAUGUAUACGUUCAUCCCAACAUCACUACCAUAAGGACUUUUGAUCGCCCUGUUUGCAGAGAACCAGGUCUCCCCCUCUCCCUCCAAGAGUGUCUGCAUCAGGGGUGGGACUUGGUGAGAAGAGUAAGGAGGGUAGAGGAAAAGCCAAAUUUCUAAACAACCCUCUCACCUGGGUAAUUGAAAUGGCUGUGGAACAGACGCAGGAUGUCAAACUUUUGGUCUCAUUUGUGAAAACGUGUGCAAUUUUUUUUUCUGUGCUACACUACAUACAAAUCACCAAAUGACAAAUUAACCCUUUGUGAUCGUUGGUGUAAUGAGCAGUUUCUUUGGGCUAUCUCUUUCUUUCCGGGAAGGGGGAGGGAAAGGAGCAAGGUAUCAUCCUGCUCUUCAUUUGUAUUUUGGUCCCAAAAUGUAAAUACAAUUUUCUAUGUUACUUUUUUGUGGUAACUACCAAGAUGAAUAUUUUAAUUAGAUAAGUUAUAUGAAAAGGAAGAAAAAUUCCAUGUCUAAAUAAAAAAACAAACAAACAAAAAUCCUAUAUACUGUUGUCUUUCUUACCUUCUCCCUUGUUGUGUCAGAGAAUGGAAGUCUGUAAGAAAAUGUCUGAUUCCUGGGCUGGGAGGCCGAGAUCUGAAUCCUUGGGCUGGGCGGUAAAGGAUGUUGGAUUUUUAUCUGUAG